GUUGUAACCUAACUUUUUAUAAUGUGUGGGUGUACUUGUUUCGUAUGAAAACUUUAUAAUUUUUAUGAUUUUCAACACAACAAAGUAAUAAUAAGAUUUUGUAAAUAAAAUGGAACAAAAAACUGAACAAAGAAAGACAAUCAAAAGUAUUUUGUCUAUACCAGGAACUCGCGCUAAUGUGCAAAGUGGUCAACUUCUUGUGUCUAGUGGAAUACCAAGCGUUGAUGAACUUUUAGGCGGUGGUUUACCUGUUGGAUCAGUGGUGCUUAUUGAGGAAGAUAGUGGUGGUUCCUAUUCUCGAGUGAUGUUAAGGUAUUUUUUAGCAGAAGGAGUUGUUCACAAGCAUGCUGUUUUUGUGGGAAGUCAAGAUUAUAAUCCUGGAAAAAUGACUAAAGAGCUUCCUGCUGUUAUAUCUUCAGAUCCAGAGCCUGAGCUUCUUGAUGAGCACAAAACAGAUAAAAUGACAAUAGCUUUUAGAUAUCAAAAACUUCCAAAAGUAAAAAAGCAGACCACUCACCAUUUUGGAAAUUAUUAUGAUUUAUCGAAAACAAUGUCUCAGGAAUGUUUUGAUAAUGUGAACAUUACAGAAUGGCCAGAUCAGUCUGCAUUGGGGGGUUGUCAGUUGUCCAGUAUGAGUUAUAAAGAAUUGCUCGUUGCAAUAAAAGAUAAAUUAGAGAAAGAUAAAUAUUUUAUUAACAGUAUAAGAGAAGAGAGGUCAAUUUUGAGAUUAGUUCUACAUUCUUUGGGUUCUGGCAUGUGGCUAAAGAAUGAAAAAUAUUCUGAGGAAGAGAGCAGAAAUGCUUUAAAUACAUUUAUGUAUAAUUUAAGGUCUUUACUAAGAUGUAGCUUUGCGGUUGCCAUUGUAACAGUACCAUCGCAUUUGUACUCUGAGUCAUUUACUUCGAGAUUAUACAAUUUGUGCGACGUGGCGAUAAAAUUAGAGCCCUUUGCAGGCACAGCAUUAGAAAAUAACGUUGCUUUGUCAGAUUUUCAUGGUUACUUUCAUUUAAAGAAAAUGUCUCCUAUAAAUACUUUAGUUUCAAAACAUCCUGGGUCUGUUGAGUAUGUGUUCAAGCUUAGAAGAAAGAAAUUUUGCAUUGAAAUGCUUCAUUUACCUCCAGAUUUAGGAGAUGAUGAUGGAAGUCGCAAUCCAAAAAUGGGUUGUAGUACUGGUGGUGGAGGUGAUUUAGAUUUUUAAUAACAACAUAAAAUAUAAAGAUAUGUUAAUACUAUUUUUUAAUCCUUUUUUGCUAAUAAAACAGUUAAAGAUAA